AUGAACCAUUUGUGUUCUACGAUAAUGUCUGAAAUCAAUAACGCUCAGAUCACAGCUCCUUCGUGGUUCGAAGAGAACCCUUCACACGAUCAUAUACCUUCCGAGACCCGGCGGCUUCUGGAAACGUGGAGUGGAAUCCCAUCCGAUGACGUAUUAGACCAUGUUAUCAAACUCCGUGAUGAAGCUUGGAAGGUUCACCCAUAUCCUUGCAUAGGACAGUUUCGAUUCCUUGAGCCGAGCUUUUCCGAGCUGCCCGACGAGUACGAUGAGAUUGUCGAACGCAUACGCAAAGGUCAGAAGCUUUUAGACAUGGCUUGCUGCUUCGGUCAAACUAUUCGGCAGCUUGCGAACGACGGCGCUCCAACUGAGAACAUUUACGGCUGCGAUUUGCAGCCGGAUUUCAUCGAACUAGGCUAUAGUCUAUUCCGCGAUCGAGCGAAGCUUAAGACCAAGUUCUUAGUAGCGGACAUCUUCGAUUCCAAGUCGGCACUUACGGAUGUCAAAGGCCAAAUCGAUAUAAUCUAUGCUGGAUCUUUCUUCCACCUAUGGGGAUACGAGAAACAAGUCGAAGUAUCCAAAGCCGUUGUAGCGUUGCUACGUCCACAGCCGGGUUCGAUGAUACUCGGUCGUCAAGUUGGAGCCACUGAGCCUCUCGAGAAGGAUGGCCCUACAGGCACAAUGUAUCGGCAUAACGUGGAAAGCUUCAAAAGAAUGUGGAAAGAAAUAGGAGAUAAUCUCGGCAUCAAGUUCAACGUCGAGGCCAAACUCAAGCCGCUAAGCAGAGACCAUUUGAAAUUUCAUUUGGACAACACGAAGCGGCUGUGGUUUGUCAUUCGCUUAGAAUAG